UUGGCACGGUUUAUGAGGAGUAGCAUUUAAAGUUACAGACUUGAUUAUAUCCUAUGUAUUUCUUUAAAAGGUUUACCGAAAUUAAUUAAAAUGUAUAUAACUGAAAAAGAUAAAAACAAUACUAAGUCAAAAAGGGAAUAAAACAGAAAAUAGCCCAUAAUUGACGAGAAGUCGCGGAGUUAACAUCAGCUAAAUGGAUUAACUAUCAGUUGAAGUGUGUUUGCGUUAUAGGGAAAAAAUGGUGUAUAAUUAAUGUCUUAAAUAUCUGGAUGGCCACGGAUCUGCCUGUGAUACAGUUUCGUAAGCAUGCGUAUGGCGAUCAAAAUGUCCGGUCCGCCGUUACCGCCUCGAGCCAUGACGAGUCUCUGCCAAAUGUGACCGCCAGUAAUUCUAAGAGAAACAGCGAUGGUCAAGUACUUCAGGUGAAAUUCGACCCUGAUGUCAAAAUAGCAGAUUUUUCUGGUACUGUGUCCACGUCGAAGGAACUAGUUCAAACAGGCCAUGGGGUUCCACGUAUUAAAGGGCUUGUGCAGGGCAUUGACCCAAUGCUCCAUGUUGACCACAACCAUUAUGAACAGUGGGCGCGCAUCAAGGGCCGUCGUGCGCCAAACAGCUCGCUCCUCCGAGGCAUACAGGCAUUGAAGGCCCGAAUGAAGCGAGAUGGUAUAGAGCAAGAGAGAUUAGAGUCUGGACAAGGCCAGGCUAGGGAGCUACACAUAAAUACACUGAACAGAAAUAGUUUAUUGACACGAGACAAGCUGAUAGAUGACGCGGCAAAAGUUAAACGGGAAAAGUCGAUUACGCAUUUGCCCCGAUCACAAAUAGAGCCGCGAAGUCCUCUUAAAACAAAUGCUCAUGUUAUUGAUUCUGAUGUAUUUAAGGACUUAAAUCUUGAUUUAGAAAAGUGUGCAGAUGACAAAUAUGACAGAAUGCCACAGAGAGAGAUCUUAAAGCCGCGUUAUGGAAUGGCAAGAAUACGCGAUAGAUGUGCACUUCCGGUAUCAGUUUAUCAGCCAAUUAGUAUCGGUGACCAUGUUUUUCUUAUAAAUGAACCAAUCAACUACAGUGAAUAUAUUAGAAUUAAAUCAAAGACAGAUGUUCGAAUGAAGAAAGACAGCAGAUCAUCUCAGGAACGUCCCAGAUAUAGCGAAGAACCGAACCAAGACGGGAGUUAUCAAAUGGAAGUUAAUAUAGAUCCUGUAGAGAGGGCAAACACAUUUACUUCCGGUGCUCAUAUAACGAAAGGGAAGCGCGUACCUGUUGUUGUCUCUAGUGCAGAGCUUUUUGAUUUUUCUCAACUUUCGGAUAUACAAAAUUCCAUAGAAACCAAGUAUUUUGAAAGGAGUCGAACGGAUAUUUCUUUGAAUGGUAGAAGUGGCCGUUCUGUUAAACUUGUUCCUAAUGUAAGACGUUUAAAGGGAGGAAGUUUAAAAACCUCUGCUUAAACAAUGUUUCUUUAAAGCGUUUGUUGUUAGAAAGAAUGGUGUUGCAUUUAUUUGAUAUUUUUAAUAAACCUGUCU